CUCAUUGUUCUAGCAGUAGAUGCACAUGUGUUACUCUUAUAUAGUACAUAUUAUAUAUAUAUAGUGACCAAAAUUUUCACUGCACUGGACCUGGGUGAAAUUCUUUAGCAAUAUAUUUCAGCAUAAAGAAGAUGGUUAGUUACGCAAAAAGUGUCUGUGCUUGGAUUAUUCUUUUCCUCAUGGGAUACGUCCUUUUUGCUUUCACCAGGAUCAAACAAGAACCCUUGUUUAGACCUCUACCACAAAUUUCUCCCUAUGUAUUCCAAGGCGCAAAUCAGGAACUUACAGCAAGCAUUCAUCACCCUUUAAAGAAGGCACCCAAAACUGUAAGCGUAGACUACAAAACAGAGUUAUCCAAACUCACUGAUGAAAAGUUUACUAAGACAGUGGAUACAUCACAGAUACUUUUCAGACCUAUGUCAGAGGAGCAAGCAGAUGACACCACCGACUCCACUCCAAGCCAACAACAAUACUGCCUAAGCAGUCUAAAGAAGCGGUCUAUAGUCCCGUGGAAUAAGCACAGUAAAAGCUGUAUCCCUAAAAGACAUGUUGUUUUUCUCAAAGUGAAGAAAUGUGGCAGCACAACUCUAUCAAGUGUUAUUCUAAGAUAUGGUCUGCACAAUAAUUUGAAAGUUGCUCUCCCAACUAGCCACUCAGGGAGCAAUUUGGACAUACGGUCUCUGUUAGAUAGAUACGCCGCUGAUCAUAAAAAGUUUGACAUUAUGGCCAACCAUGCAGUCUAUAAUCCAAGGCAAAUCCACCAGCUAACUCCAGGGGACACUUUCUUCAUUGGGAUUCUGAGAGAACCUCUUGAUCAAUUUAAAUCAGCUUAUAACUUUAACCAUGUGGCUGGUCGUAUGCACCUUGAAGGUAAAAAUCAACUGAAAAAUCUCUUCAAACAUUAUCCCAAAUGGGUGCAUGAUCACAGCAACAGUAUGAGUCGUUAUUUGGGGUUGAAGAUAUUUACAAAGGAAGCAACUCGAAGCUUCAUACAGAAGCUGGAAAAAGAUGUCCACUUUUUUGUAAUUUUAGAACAAUUUGAUGAAUGCUUGAUCCUACUGAAGAGAUUGUUGUGUUGGGAGUUUUAUAAUAUUGUUUACACAGUUUUUAAAAAUGGCACACAAUAUUCUGAGGACUAUAUUAAAAACAUCAGAGAUAACAUGGAUCCUUAUGUUGUUCAAAGCCAUCGGAAACGUAGUCAAGCAGACUAUAUUUUGUAUGAUUAUUAUAAAAACAAACUUGCCAAGCUUUUACAGGAACAAGAUUCUGAUUUCUACCAAGAAGUGGACUACUUCAAGGCUUUGAAGAAGAAAAUAAGUGAAUUCUGUCAGAGAAAUCCACCAAAAUCCAUUGGUAUACCCCCUUCAAAAUGGGGUGAUGGGUUUACAAUUUUUUGUCCAUGGGUGACUCUCUCACAUGGCAACCUGAUGCAGUUAUUCAAACUGCAAGAAAAAGAAAUAUCUUCCAUUUCUAUCAAUUCUCGGAUAAAAAUAGUUCAGUGUAGCUAGAGCUUCAGAAAUGUCUAAAUGAAUAUUUUCAAACAGUAAAAAAACCUAACACACAGGACUGAACCAAAUAAUAUAUUAUUAUUAUUAUCAUUAUUAUUAACAGUAUAUUGAGCUAUUAGUGGCUCACUAUCAUAAAACUGUGGAUUGGAUAUAUUUAUCACCCGUCAUUGUUCAUAUUUUGUCCUGAGGUAAAGGCUGCAAACCAACUGAUCAACUUAAGUUUAUGUAUUACAACAGUUAAUAUGAAGUAUAAAGGACUAUUUAAAGUUAUCUUGACUCUACUAGUAAAUAUAUAAAUAUAAUAAUUAGGAAAACAUGGGACUGUGAUAUUGUUUUUUAAAUACAAUAAGGUUAUUUAGUUUAUUUCUAUAAUGAAGCCAUCAUUGUUAAUGUGUAAAGAGAUGGAAGAACAUCUAAACUGCAGCAUUCAAGGAAAACCAUGAGUGUGAAGCAGACAGCUAUAAUAUUAAUGAAAAUGGUGUAGAUAGAAUCAUGGAAGAAGAAGAAUCAUAGACAAUUGCUGCUGUAUGUUGAGGAAAAAGUUAAUCUUUACUGGUGAAAUGACAACUAAGUGUAGGUGUUUCAUUUUGAUACUUCAUCCUUCAAGGAU